AUGUCCAAGCCCCCCCUCACGCAGCUCCAGCCGCCGGACCUCCCUUCCGGGGCCAGCAGCCCGGCCGGAAGUGGGCCCCCCCCAGGCGGCCAGCUGACCCCCAUGACCAACCUGAAGACCCUCCUCCAGCUGCCAAUCAAGAGCGACCAGCGGGGGGCCAAGGACUGCUGCGAGAUGCGAGACAAAGACAAGCCGGUGGAGUCGGAGGAGAACUCCACGAGCAGUAACAGCGGCGGGCCCGGCGCACAGGGAGGAGUCCCGGCCUCGGGCGCCCUGCGACCCAACUCCCAGUCGGCGUUCCUGGGCCCCCUGCUGUGGGAGCGGACCCUGCCGUGCGACGGAGGCCUGUUCCAGCUGCAGUACAUGGACCUGGAGGAGUUCCUGACGGAGAACGGGAUGGGGAUGCACAGCAAUGGGGCCAGCUCCACCAGCGCCCAGAUCCCCUCCCAGGUAAAACGGAUGAGGACCAAACCCACGGCUUCACCAAUUAGUUCCCAGUCCGCGGUGCCCAGCCAGAGCUCCCAGUGCCCGCCCAGCUCUCCUCCACCCUGCUCCUCCUCAUCCUCCUCCUCCUCCAUGUCUUCUUCAUCCUCCUCUUCCUCGCUGGUAGGACUGGAGAACGUCAAGCCACAGCCGCCGCCGCUGCCGCUGCCGCCACCUCAGCCGCAGCAAAGCAUGAUGGGAGGACCGGAAUGUCUACAUGGUGGUCAGUCGGUGCCUCAGGACCAGUCGCCCACCUCCACCUGUCCUCCGGGCCCCCCCGGGCCUCCCACGGCGGCCAACGGCAGCAGCAGUGAGGUCAUGGUGAACUUUGACCCCGACCCGGCGGACCUGGCUCUGUCCAGCGUGCCGGGUCAGGAGGCGUUCGACCCCCGGCGACACCGCUUCAGUGACGAGGAGCUGAAACCGCAGCCGAUGAUCAAGAAGGCUCGAAAGAUGCUGGUUCCCAACGAGCAGAAGGAUGAGAAGUACUGGAACCGGCGUGUGAAGAACAACGAGGCGGCGAAGCGCUCGCGGGACGCCCGGCGGCUGAAGGAGAACCAGAUCUCCGUGCGGGCGGCGUUCCUGGAGCGGGAGAACGGCGCCCUUCGCCAGGAGGUCGCCGACAUGAGGAAAGAGCUCGGCCGCUGCAGGAACAUCAUCAACAAGUACGAGAACCGGCACGGAGACUUGUGAGGCGGAGGAAGAGGAAGAAGGAGGAGGAGGCGGGGUCUGGGAGGAGGAGGAGGAGAGAAGGGUACAAGGCAACCCAACAACAGCAGCACUUUAGUUGAAGUGGCGAGGGGGGGGGGUGGGUAAGCCGGCGUAGAUCUGCUGUGCGACACCGGGCGCAAACACAAACACGUGUGUGUGUGCGCCGGGCUUCAGGAAGUCACCACCGGAACGCACAGCGACGCCAUUUUGUCCUCCCGUAGUUUGACUCUUUGUUCGAUGCCGCUUCGCUGACUCCACACGACUGUAGCGCCACCUAGUGUCACCUCGGCAGCUCCACCCCCCCCCCCGGUGCUUACGCCCGGUGUCGCUCUGCAGGUAGUGCGUCCGCCCGCCGGUUCCACCGCGGUGUUGAACUCACACUUUGCCAGUGAAGUCUCACUUUCUAAGCUCAAGGCACGGAACACAAGCCAGGAGAGGUCAGAGGUCAGAGGUGUAAUUUUUUUCUAUAAAUAGAACAAAAAUAAAACAUGUAUAUUUUUGAACUGGGUAGGAAGGCAAGACUAGUCCAGCAGAGUGGGGGGGGAGGAAGAGGAGGAGGUGCAGGGUUUUCGUCCAUAACGCAAAGAGAUUUUGACAAAUAGGAUUAUUGUAUAUUUUUCUAUUAGCAGAGAUAGACCGGAGGAGGAUUUUGGAAAAUAAUCUUUUGUAUAUUUUAUAUAUGGGCCGGGGGG